AAACGAGGCUAGGUUAAGGGUCAUCCGCCAUGUUGAACUGAUCGUGUGGUUGAGUUUUGAAUAGAAAUUCUUAUAAUGUCUUCUUAUCAAGUGUUGCUUGUUGUACUACUGGUGCUUUGUACAUGGACUGUUCAGUGCUUUGAAAAUCAACACGGUGCAGAGAUUGAAGACAAUGAUUUUGCUGAAUUUGAAGACCUUGGGGAUGAAGAUGAGGAUAUAACGAUAGAAACGGAAGGAGAAGAGGAUGAAAUAGAUGAUAUUUUAGAUGAAGCUGAGUUUGAAGAAGUUGAAGAUGAUGAAAUCACAAUUGAGGACGAAGAGGAUGAGUUUGAGCAUUUUCAAGAUGAAGAGGAAUUUGAAGGUUUUGACAAAGAUUUAAAAAGUACAAAAGGCAAAUCAGAAGUCCCAGAUCUUAAAAUUGCCAAAGUACCCCUCCAUUUUAGUACAAACUGGGACAGUUACUAUAUGGAACUGAUGAUGCUUGGUGGCCUUAUAGCAUACUGUUUAAAUUUCUUAGCUGGCAAGACUAAAAAUCAUAAACUAGCCACAGCUUGGUUACAAACACAUAAAGAGCUUUUAGAAUCCAAUUUUUCCAUUGUGGGAGAUGAUGGACAAGCCAAAGAGGUGCAAUCAGGAGUGCUGAUGAAAGAGAGUGAAAAUCUUUAUGCCUUGUGGUGUUCGGGUAGGCAAUGCUGUGAAGGAAUGCUUGUAGAGCUGAAAUUUAUAAAAAGACAAGAUCUAGUUAAUGUAAUUAGUAGAUUUAUGAAGCCAGCGUGUGAUCAGUUGCGAAUAACUGUGAACAUGAAUGCUGAAGAUAUGGAUAGUUUUGUAUUUGCUGUGGCAAAUAAAAAAACUGCAUCUAGGCUACAGAAAGAACUACAAGAUAUUAGUGUUUACUGUCCUGAAAAACGUAGUGGUGAUAAAUAUAAUUUAUCCUCCUCUCUAGCUGUAGUUAGUGAACUAGGAGAACUCUGUAAUGGCUUACUGGAUAGUAAAAUAGUGAAUUGUUUGAAUAGCUAUGAGAAUAUGUUUGACUAUUUCCACUUCUCAGAUCAGUACUCAGGAGCUAAAAUAAGUACUGAUGAUGGUCAACCUAGCAAGAUGCCAACUACGCAGAAAGUACUCAUCUUUUGUUUUAAUGUUCCUGGUAAAGGCAAUACGUCGGUAGUUGAUAUGUGCAAGACUGAACCCAUGAUGAAAUUAGUUAUGCAUUGUAUCGAUAAAGUCAAACGUUUCAGACUAACCAAAGAGGGUAAAUUGAAGGCUGAGAAAUCACGUGCCAAAGUAGCAGAGUCAUUCCUUAAAGCGUCUCACAGUCAGAGACAAGAAGCAGCACAGACACGUCGUGAGGAAAAACGUAGAGCAGAGAAGGAAAGGAUGAUGAAUGAAGAAGAUCCAGACAAACAAAGGAAGUGGGAGGAGCGUGAACAUCGCCGUGAAAUGAAGAAGAAAGCACCUAAAGUAAAGCAAAUGAAAAUGUAUUGAGUUGAGUGCCCAUGUACCAUGAAAAACCAAUUGCAUAUUGGGAAUGCAAUAUCAACCAGUCUAAAAUAAUUUCCUUAAUUAAACCGAUGAUUCGAAACACUGAUUGACAUUUGUAGUAAAUUACUUAUAUAAAAUGUCAUUUUAUUAGCUAACUUCUUUGCACUACUAAAGUUGCAUGUAGUUUUUUUAACUGUAUCGAUUCAUAAAAAUAAAGCAUGUUUGUCCCAUCAAUCAGUGUUUUGCUGGUUGUUGGCAUGUAUGAAGU